AAUUUUCUUCAUGGGAUGGGAUUUUGCUGUUACUCGGCGUAUACAGUUAUAUAAUGAUGCGAGUGGACAGUUGACAAGAAAAGUAAAGAAUAAGAACCAAAAGCUCGAGGAUGUUGAGACACAUGCUGAUAGUAUUCGAAUCGAGAUAACACUAAUGAGACUACAAUUUAAUCAGAUUCAUGUUCGGAAUGGAUGCCUUGUACCGUAACUCUGCUAGUCGUUCUGCAACGACAUCAUCUACUUCAUUCAAAGACGGUUUUUUUAGUUCCGUUUGCGGCCAUGAUCUGAUAACUAACGUGGAGGAUGAACCUCAGCCCGUCACCGGCUGUAGGGAGUACCCGCUCACUCAGUUCAUGCGGGGUUCCUACUACGAAGCACUCCUAUUUUACCCUUCUGACAACAGACAUGGUCUAUGUCAUCAGUGAAAUGUGGAACAGAAGAGACGAAAUGUCAACUCUGUAAAACUGGUCCCUUACUUGUGUACAAAAUGAGUUACUGAAGUGUUUCAAAAACAUUCAGAUAUCAAAUGUGUUUCAAAUUGAAAUAUUUGUUUUAACU